AUGGCUACUUACACCCCCGAACGGGCGACCCAAUUGAAGGAAGCGUACCUGGUAAUUGCUAAUCAGGUGAAGCAGGCUGAUCCCAGUGGUAAGGUGACGCUUGUGGCGGUGCUGAAACUCAAGCCCGCCAGCGACAUCCAAGCCCUUUACGACGCUGGCGUUCGCCACUUUGGCGAAAACUACCCCAAUGAAUUAGUCGAUAAGGCUCAGCAAUUGCCCCAGGACAUCAAGUGGCACUUUAUUGGCGCUUUACAGCUGGGGAAUGUCAAUACUUUGGUGAAAAAGAUUCCUAACUUGUAUGCUAUUGAGACCGUUGAUCUGUUGAAAAAGGCGAAGAAGGCAUCGGCUCUGAGGCAAGGUCAAGAUAAAAUCAACGUGUUUCUUCAAUAUAAUACUAGUGGUGAAGAGCAAAAAGCUGGAUUCACGCUGGUUGAUGAAGUGGUUGAGUGUGUUAAAUGGCUCCAAAGCGACGAGAACACCAGUCUUGAGCUUAAGGGUUUAAUGACCAUUGGUCUGUUUGAACAAUCGGUGCUGGGAGAAGAGAAUAAGGACUUUGCUACGUUGGUGGAUGUGAAGAAACAGGUAGACUCGCUGUGUGGCACUGAUCUUGAUUUGAGCAUGGGGAUGUCUCAUGAUUUCGUCCAAGCCAUCGCUCAGGGGAGUACUAACGUGCGGGUAGGGUCGCUGAUCUUCGGUGCCCGUCCUCCCAAGAAUUAA